AUGUGCGGUCCCCAGCUCCAUCUUCUGAGAGCUGGUCAGCAAGGGGUUGUAGUCCCUGAUGAUGGUGUAGGCCGACCAGCAAACGGGGAUGAGGCACAGGACGCCAGCAAUGAUGAAGACUACACCGAAGCCAAUGCCUAUUCUGGAUUUGGCCCUCUCAUCCUCCAUGCAGUUGGUGCACUUGCCCCCGGCCACGGCGAGCAAGAUGCCCAGCAGGCCCAUCAUGACAGAGAUGAUGAUGGGAGCACGAGCGGCCUGAAUGUUAUGGGGUAGAGCCAGUAUGGAGUCGAAGACCUUACACUGCAUCUGACCUGUACUCUGGACCACACAGGUCAUCCAGAUGCCUUGCCAAAUGGUUUGGGCUGUGAUGACGUUCUCGCCGAUGAAGGCUGUAACCUUCCAUUGAGGCAGGGCACAGACCAUGAUUGCCCGAUCCAGCCAAUGAUGCCCAGGGCUGCGCCCAGCAUCUGAAACGCAGCAUAUACCAUAUUUUCUUCUUCUUUAAGUCCUGGAGGAGUCGAUGAAGGAAAUCCGCCGAAAAUGAGUAUUUUCUUAGAAAUCAGUUGCUUGGUAUGUCUUGUGCCGUCAUGCUGUUUUUUGUCUUCUCUAUUAAAUGGUACAGGUGGAACAUAAACUCAGUACAAUUAGACCAUUAGAUUGAGAUAGUUCCCAACCCCUUUCCUCUUAGUAUGAACAGAGCCCUUUCAUUUCUCAAAUCAAAGGGAUGUCUCUAUAUAGAGUUUUGGAUGAGAGAGUUUUAACAAAAUGUUAUUCUACUUCGGCUACCUAUUACCUGACAUUCACUCUUCACCUUUGACCCCAUGGCUGACCUUUGCAGCUCUAAGACUCCCAGCAGAUCAUGUUGACUUGAACAAUGCCAGAAUACACACACACCUUUAUAACUCUAAUGGUAGAGUUUAAUCAGGAUAUCCACCUUUUUAAUUAUGUCAAAUAGCAAUAUAUCAUCCUCCAGAUCCCCUUGAAUACAUAGGCCUACAGUAACUUAUUGUUUUCCUGCUUGAGUUUACAGUCCCUUGCAUAGAAUGUGUUACAAGACUGCAACAAGAGUUAAUAUGUAAGGUGCUCUUUGGUUUCCCAGGCUUGUGACAUUGUCAAAAGAAUGUAGACAUGUUCCCUUUCUAUGAGAUAAUCUCCUUUCCCUUACAGAAACAGUACAAAUAUUUUAACUAAAGUUACAUUUAAUCAGGGGUGUGUAGUGCUGCAGGAGAGCAAGGGAGCAGCGCUCCCUCACCUUUUUCAAUUUCAGAAUACAUGGAGCUGGUCAAAAUAUUAUUUCUGAAGCUGAAUCAGUUACUGCAAGAUCACAUAAUGAUUAAUGAGUAUUUUACAUAACAGAACCGAAUAUAAUAGCAUAGUAGGCCUAUAAUGUUACUGUUUGGUUUUCACCAAAAACACCUUCCUCAUUUGUAGCGAGAUUUUAGGAUGGUUAGCUGAAGCUGAAUAGUCGCGUUUAUUAUUUUCUCAGUGAAUUAUCAUUCACUAUUGUGAUGACAGUGAUGAUGGCCUAUUUUGAAAUGAGGUAUGCCUAACUUGGUGUUUGAGGGUAUUCAAAAUGGAAAAUUUUCUUGAGACAAUAUGUGCGUUGGCAUAGGCAGACGUUGCAUUUGGAGGAUGCAUUUUAUGCAUAUUCUAUAAUAAUAUUCAAUAGGCUACAUCUGUCGGUACACACUUUGAUUGAGAAAUUAUGACGUAAUUUUAAAAAAUUGGGGGCGCUUCCGUACAAAAAGAAAUUGUACUACACCACUGCAUUUCAUUAAAACAUUAAAAUUGGACAUAAAUAUUCAAUCUGAUAAAGACUACCGUAUUGAGUCAGUGAAUGAUUGUCCUGUUACUCUACUCAUUCUCAAGAGAGAAAAAGUUAACUCCCCUCCAGCGUUGUCUGUUAAAGUAUCAAUCAACCAACCAAUCAAUCAGUCAAAUCUUUCUUUAUGUCACCUGAGCAGUUGAUAGAUUCAAAGCAGACAAGUCAUUCAGUUCAUCCACCAUUUUGUAAAGAGGCAAGAGAAAAAAAAGAAUACUUGAAAGCUGACCUUGUAAGGUGAUGUCAGUCCUUGGGGGUUGGAGGGCUAUAGCCUGUCUUUCUUCCGUUCGCCUGGAGGACGUGUCUGCUUUGAUGGACAAGGGGUCUGGCUGGUUAGUUAUGUGGACGGGUCUGUCUUCAACUAGCCACAAACAACACCAAGGUGAUCGCAGUUGUCGGACUGUAAAGAGAAAAGGGGGGGGGGGGGGGAGCGAUACAGAUUGUUUCCAUAUAUGAAAGAGGCCACUGUUAGAGAGCUAAAAUUACCUCUAGGAACAAUGCCUCUAUUUUACCCUGGCAUGGAGCAACCCAAGGAGAUUGAGUUCCACACUCUGGUACUACACAUUGAAGAGGAGAGAUUGUUUUGGAGCGUAUCACCUUCUAACUGAGAUUAUACUCCCAGCUCUGGGGAUCAGAUAGUCCACAGAGGGUCCACUGUUUUAGGAUCAGGCGUCCUACACCAGAUCACGUAGUAAACAUGUAAUCAAACACUCAAACACCAGCAGUGCUGCUACCCUGGAAAUACCAAACAACAUAGACACCUAGAAAGCAUAACUUUCUUGCAACAUAUCUGUUUUUCUUAUUUUGGAAAAAAUAAGCGACUAUUUCAGACCUGGGAUACCAGGUGAAUACAUUACAAGUGUCAGCAGGUAGAGAGGGCAGGCCUGGGCCUCACACCUGGGCCUCACACACUCUAACGGAUGCUGGCUUUGGAUUAUAAAAGUACAACCGAGUUCUGCUAAACUGGUUGGGUCACUAUGGCUGAUCUUUUUUCCACUAAUUGGUCUUUUGACCAAUCACAUCAGAUCUUUUCACAUCAGAUCUUUUUCAGAGCUGAUCUGAUUGAUCAAAAGACCAAUUAUUGGAAAAAAUAUCAGAAUUCGGCAGCCUGUAUAAACGAACCCUAUGUGUAGUGCCCAUAGAACUAUAACUCCUGGGGUUGGAGAGUCAAACUGCGUUACUGUACCUUUUUGAAUUAGUGAUUCAGAGAUCAAAGCUUUUAAAAAUAUAAUACUAGGUGGUAUGACACAACCACACAUGUUAUCAUUCUUAUAAGUGUGAAUUAGCUUAUAUAGAGGCUGAAAAGUAGUAUUUUCAGACAUUGUAAUUGUUGUGGGUGUGAACUAAAGGCUAGAAGGCAUGUUGCACUCCCGUGAUACUACUAUGGGAGAAUUUGUAUUUGGUUUCAGUAUAAUGGUUAAUGAAACUGGGAUGUGUGGUUUUUUCCUACAAAUAGGGAUAUCUAUGUGUGUAUCUGUGUAGGUGGUUGGGCAGGAGUCAGGGGGAGGUUGUUGUGUGUGAUCUGUGAUGUAAUUAUUCCGUGCCCAGGUGUCAUGAUGAAGAGGACGAAGUCACAGUUUCAGUGGGUUAUCCAAGCAUGCGACAAAGAUCUCACGUUACCUAGCAACCAUUAGAAGCACGGGACAUUCAAUGACUCAUGUGGUUCUGGAUUGACAGAGCAUCACAUGCAUCAUGACAUGUAAACUAAAUCAAUGGGGUCAUCAGGUGUAAUAAGAGUUAUUAUAAUACUGUCGUGAUGUGACUUUAACAUUAAUCUGAAGACUGUUAUUAUCUAAUUAACUAGCUAUGUUUAAUUGUUACCCAAUUAAAUUAAUAUUGUAACAAUGAAUUCAUUAGGAUCAGGGGCACCACGAAAGCGGUUCUUUAAAGAGUUACCAUCUCCUGAAUUAAACUCUAAAAGAUCUUUACCUAUCACGUCUAUAAACAGUCAACUUAUUAAUCAUAACCUCGUAUCAUAUCAUCAUUCUGAACGUCAUAACCUCCAUGCAUCUGCAAAAACCUGAGCCUUACUUAUGAUUCAGUACUACCCAAAUUGGUUUAAUUAUUUAUUUACUAGCUAAUUAUAUGGGAACACAGGAUAAACAUACACACUCUACACCGGUUAUUGACUGGUGAAAACAGGUCCCUAGCGGAAUGACAACAACAUGGCUUGUUAAAGAAGAAAGGAAGAGGGAGAGAGACAGAGACACUUAACCUUGAUACAUUCAGAAACUACUCUAACCUACAGUAAUUACAUACUUUGCACACGAACCUCCGCCCGCUUUGAGUAAGAAAUCAUGAAUGUAUUUACGUGAAAUGUCUUAGUUCGAUGGGGAUCUCUCGGUGAACUGGGCCGCCUUGGAAAGGGGUUGGGCCUUUUCACGGCACGCUUGUAAGGCUCUUCUUGUCCAAAAUGGUUCACAAUGUCCUUCUUCGUAGUUGUCCGGCCUCCAAUGACUUGUCAUGUAGUCCUGAAUAGAACUACAGAAUUGAUUUUCCUUCCCGUCACUCUGGAAGUUGCUUCUUUGAAGAUAGGCUAGCCAGCCAUAUCAAUGGUUCCCCAGUGGGGUGAUGAGAGUAGCGUAAUACGAUGGUUUGAGCAGAGUAGCAGAUGGUCCUACUUAAAUUCACUUUCGAAGAGACCUUACUUAGGACAGCUAAUCAGCCGUACCAGUGAUUGUCCGGGAGGUGAGUUUUCCUUCUCCACUUUGUGUAGCAAUUCAGAGUUCCAACCAUUUUAAACGUGUAGCUGCCGCUUUCACGUUUUCUGGUCUGUGUUAAUUCGUAACCCAUCCUUUUAUACACUCUGCUCGAAAGGGGGCGGUUCCAUCAGGCUGACACGUUCUACGUUAGGAAUAUUAUUCCAGUAUUCGCACAACCACAAGGAUGGCCAUGGGAUAUCCUGGUUGCGGAUCGUCGUUCCGGACCCGUCAUCCAGGCUGGUGGAUCUAGGCAGUAACUUAGGCAGACGUUAACAAUGCACAACACUCAUGCAAUACAUAAUUAAAUGUCUUCCCCAAAUGAGCACUAAUUGGUGGUUCUAUGGGGAACUUGUUUGUGGCAGUAUCACUUCCUAAGUGUCAAAGAAAAUGAAAUACACAUUUUAAAGAAUAAAAACACAAACAAAAAGAUAUACAAAAUAUAGUUACCACACCUUAAUUAUCUAAUUGGACUCUAUUCUAUAUACGUCCACAGUCUUGGCUAAAUGACUCCAUCAUGACAUUUUGUCUAAUGUCAUAUCUAAGGCGAUCCUACUUAGGGGUGUGUUGCUUAGGGCACUAUCCUAAGUUGAUAACUACAUGAUAAAGCUAUAGCUGUAAGGCACCAGCUUUGGACAGUCUACAGGGAUGACCUAUGGACCUCUGGGGAGAAACUGGUGACUAAUGUAGCUGUAGAGUCAAAGGGGCAUCAGGGUCUAUUUACAACUUUACCAAGACUGGUAUUUUGUUCGGACCCUUAAGUGAUCCUAGUAUAAAUCCUCAUUAAAUGUUCUGUUGUGCAUGCUUGCACAAGCGCACAUGCCAAGGGCAAGAAAACCAAGUAUCCUGGUGGUCUGCAACCUGGGCAGAGUGAGUCUGACGUUGUCAGAUAAUUUCCAUGUCAAUGACCAUGUGUCAUUAAGAAUCGGUGCUGACCUCAAGCCAUAUGUCAAGGGGACCUGUAGUGGUUUUAUUACAAGUCAAUGUGUCUUACACCAUUAUAGUGGCGAUAGGUAUGAAGGAGUCUAUUUCAUAGCUAUGUUAUCCACGGAGGAGCUAACCUCACGACGGAAGUACUCUAUAAGCACUGAACCAGUCGUACGCGGUGUGAUCAUGGUUCAUGACUUGUAAUAACUUUCCUCCUGAAUGGAGGGUUCUAUUUAUUAGCGGCAUGUGUGUUAACCAUCAAAAUAGUGUUUUGGAGAUUCCCUUCCAAGUGUUGCUAUCUGAGUGACUACUACCUCCUCUGUCGCUGUUAUCAAGGGCAAUUCGACUUGUUAGGUCUCUAACCUUCUUACUGACUGUGGCUGACUGUUUCUGAAAUUGGUACUGGUAACCAAGGGGACCAGCUACUCUACCAAUUGAUUACGUAAUGUUAUACUACCGGAACACAUGAUUAGAGUAUUUUACUAAUUACAUUGUAGUUGAGACAACGAAUGGCAAGGAAUCAUUAUUGUUACCAUUUAUUUUUUGGGAGAUGUAAUGUCCACUGGACUUCUUUUACGACCAGUGUGCGUCACCUCAGUGAUAUCUCAAGAUGUAUUCUUAGGUUAUCCCCGUCAAGGGGCUUGUCCGCCCCAUCUGUUCUCGUGGGGAAGUGUACUACUUGAUUUAUUUCCUGAACGGCGGCCUCGUACAGUGUUGCACGUAGCCUCGACCACCCCAAUGGCCUCGACGAGGCUCAUCAUGGGUCUGGGAUAGUAUUCCCCCCCUUUGUGUCUUGGGGCCCCCCCACCAGCGGUUGGUGUUGGUGUCCGAGGCACAAACGAAAAGAUUGUGCCCUUUGUACGAGUUGUCAGCAUCCGCAUUGUUAGUAGAUUGGCUGUAACCUUUCAACCAAAUGUCCUGGUGUUUGUGCUUCAAAAAGCUUAGUGGCUUUCGUGGCCUGCCAUUCACCACUGCGUCUGCGUGUGGCAACCGUUCCCGUACCUGCGAACUGAGACGAGGAUAUCUUUCACCGAUAUCGCACAGUGUUUCACCUGUUGGAGUCAACGGGUCAGUGGCAGGACUGACGCCAUUAGUUACAUUGUAAGGGGUUUCAGUCCCCCUCAAAGUGGAAAAUGUAUCAUCGGAAACAGAGUCCACUCUGAACGUUGAUGCUUUGUUUCCUGAGACGGCCGCGGUGUUUGCGGAAGUGUCUGAAGGACAAGAGAAAUUCAUCUUAGCUACAGUAUCACAUGACUGCAAGGAGGAGGGAAGUUGCUCACUCACAGAGACUGCUUGCUCGAAAUCAUGAAAAGAAUGGUCGAUCAGGUUUGCAGAUUUUCCAGACCAUGUUGCCAGUGUGACAUCCUCAACCCUUGUGCCAUUGAGGAACACGCCGCCUAUCAGUGUAGUGCGGUAUGUAUUGGAGUCUAUUGUCAAAGCCUGUGGGCUUGUUUCUGGAUCGAGCUGGCACUGGAUUGGGUUCCGAGUAAGAGCAGGGGUAAUUUGAUUGUUUACGUCCUCGCUAAUGAUGCUAAUUUCGGUGGACCCAUUCUCCGGCAAUUCCACGUCUAGUCGUAGUGACUUAUCUUUUUCCUCUUUGUCAAAUUUCUUAGCAGAACUUCUAGAGAGAAUUGGUUUAUAUUUUUAGCCUCAUUGAACCCUUUGUUACCCUUGUUACCAUUGUGUGGGUUGGGUGCAGGAACGUAGCGGCCAGGUCAAUCGUUGCGGUACCUUUUUUACCGUGGUGGUUAUUGGGGUCGUGGUUUCGUGGUAGACACCGUUUUUGUGCUUCAUCUCCUACCGCUCCUAUCCCUGAUGCCGCACCCUCUAACUGGAGAGAGUGCUCCAGCUCAAUAUUGAAAACAGAGAUGUAAGGGCUCUUAGCGCGGCUCACUUUUGAUGCCUCAAAAGCUGUGCUCGCAAGCUCUCUGAGUUCUGAGAUUGGCAAACCAACGUUGGCUGUAGGGCCCAAGUAGUUAAUGAAGUUGGGAUACAUGUUCAACAGAAACCUUUGUUUGAAUGAUAAUAGCUCUUUCAUUCCUGUUUCAGUGAGUAGGCCAAAGUAAGCAGAACAAAGCCUAUGAUAGUAUGCUUGUGGGUGUUCAUUCUGAGCUUGUUUGACAGUGUUAGCCAGCGAGCUGUUGUGUUUGCGAGUCGCAAAACCAAUGAAUUCUAUUUUCAAAGCCGUGGCAAGUUUAGCGUAGUCGUUUUGCACGUGUUGCUGUUGUAGACGGAUGAACCUUGUCACAUGUCUAUUCAAUGUUUGCUUCAACAGGUAAAGCCUGUCAGUAUCCGUAGCAUUCGGGUAGCCAUCCAAGGCGUCCUUUAUGACUGCUAAGAACGUUUCAGUGUCGUUUUGCUUCCCUAGAAGGUGCAGAAGUUUUGGACGAUUUUGUCAAGACGUUCCACGCCAAGUGCACGGGGAGGGUUUACUUAAUCCUGUGGGGAAUUAUGGGCCAAAAGGCCAAGAGGAGAAGCCAAGCUUUGGCUUUGUUGGCGAGGAGGUGCCGUAUUACUCUGUGCCGAAUGGCCAAGAGGAAAAGACUGAGGGACCCCUGAGAGAGGUAAAGUCUGAAACCUUCUGUCGUCUCCACUCCUUUGUGUACUGAGCUCUGGUUGCGAGCUUGGUUGCUUGGUUGGGUAGUCACGCUGAUUUUCCUUCCCGUCACUCUGGAAGUUGCUUCUUUGAAAAUAGGCUAGCCAGCCGUAUAGAUGGUUCCCCAGUUGGGUGAUGAGAGUAGCGUAAUACGAUGGUUUGAGCAUAGUAGCAGAUGGUCCUACUUAAAUUCAGUUUCGAAGAUACCUUACUUAGGACAGCUAAUCAGCCAUACCAGUGAUUGUCCGGGAGGUGAGUUUUCCUUCUCCACCUCAUGUUGCAAUUCAGAGUUCCAACCAUUUUAAACGUGUAGCUGCCGCUUUCACAUUUUCUGGUCUGAUAUGUUAAUUCGUAACCCAUCCUUUUAUACACUCUGCUCGAAAGGGGGCAGUUCCAUCAGGCUGACACGCUCUCUGGCCUCACUUUGGCGGUGACUAGUAACUGUGCCAAGUUAUGAAAAACAAUUAUCUCAUAUAAGUUCUCAAAUCACAUCCCUCUCUUAAUAAAAACACUUUAAUCAUUUUUCAUAUUAUAUGCCCAAGAUAUAGAUUGGACGCUUCGUACAUGUAGUGGGUAUACUUUCUAAGUUACAGAAUGACCUUAGUGCCCAACAGAUCACCUCUGACCAUUCCCCACGUUUUACAUUAGGAAUAUUAUUCCAGUAUUCGCUUUUGAACAUGUUACAGUUUCAGCGGGAAAAAGUCUGUUGAACAAAGACAUUCCUUUGGGGGAUCUUGAAAGGGAGAGCCUGGCCUUCUUUGUUGAUUUACAACAGGGUGUGAGCUGUUAACCCCCCUCUACGGGUGAGAGGGAGUCUGAUUGAAGUUACUCAUUGCAAACCUGAUCUCACCUAUUUGGAUUCUCGUGGACAGUCAUGACAAUACUUUAUUUCUUAUCAUGAGAAUCUUUAUCAUUUUCAGAAGAUUUAGGUGACUAUCCUCAAGACACAGUCGACUCACAAGUUCCUUUAAACUCACAUGUUGAAUGUAUCCCACUGUAAUUUCAUAUUUUUUAAUGAAGGGAUGAAUUUAGAGGCACUUAUCACUUUAUUUUUAUUUCUUAUUGUCCGAUCAUAUUUUCUCAGGGGAUAAUGCUGAGAGAUGUGCCAUAGUGUGUUGUGGCAUCAACAGUUACAGUCUGGAUUGCACAAUAGGUAGAAAGUGACAGGAAGUGACGGGGAGAGAGAGCGAUUCUGCCUCCAGGGAUUUUCUGUUAUAUAUUUGCUGGAACCUAACCUUAACUGUGAAUGUACUGCAGUAAAGGAAUGUCAGAGGAAAACGUUUCUCCAAAAGUUCUCUCUCUGUUUACUUUUGGUUACUGAUAGUUUUUCCUCUAUAUUGUUUCAUUAUUUCAGAUACUAGAAGAAAAAUUGUCAUCAAAAAAGGUUUAAAAUUGAAGAAUUUAGAGAAGGUAGAGAAAGUAUCAACAAGGUAUUCUCUUUCUUUCUUUCUUUCUUUCUUUCUUUCUUUCUUUCUUUCUUUCUUUCUUUCUUUCUUUCUUUCUUUCUUUCUUUCUUUCUUUCUUUCUUUCUUUCUUUCUUUCUUUCUCUCUCUCUCUCUGUCUCUCUCUGUCUAUCUUUCCCUCCAUACACUCUUAGAAAAAAAGGUGCUAUCUAGGACCUGAAACAUUUUUUCGGCUGUCCCCAUAGGAAAACCCUUUGAAGAACCCUUUUUGGUUCCAGGUAGAACCAUUUUUGUUCUAGCUAGAACCUUUUUGGGUUCCAUAUAAAACCCUUUCCACAGAGGGUUCUACAUGGAACCCAAAAUAGUUCUACCUGGAACCAAAAAGGGUUCUCCUAUGGGGACAGCCGAAGAACCCUUUUGGAACCCUUUUUUUCUAAGAGUGUACCUUCCCCUAUCCCUCCCUCCCCCUCUGAGUUACCUGUUCCCAGAAGGCGAAUCUCUACUUGUUAGUUAUUAAUGGAAGGCAGGCAGCUGCCUGGUGUGUAUAGUGUAGUGUAUAUAUACAUGUGCAGGAGGUAGUGACGAGCUAGCCAGGAACCUGUAACCCUGGAAACUGGUCUAACCUGCUCCCGUUCCCACGGCAGGUUCCAUUUCCAGGGAGAACUCUUACCAAAUACCUGCUUCAAACCUGAUGACUCCCUAAGUUAUACCAAUAGUAAACAUUUAAUUUCCACAGAAAUAAAUGUGUUGGUCAGUCGCACCUAAAUGGUCCGAAAAUAACUUGCAUCCUAGAGUACAGUCCUUCAGAGUCAACAGUUACCCUUCUUCACCACAUGGUGUCUCCUGGAGUUGCAGUCUGUUAGACUCAAACUCAGAAUGAUGUACUAAGCUACCAAUCAGCUCCUCUGUUGUGAUUCAAACCUUAUCCUGGAGGUAUUCUGUCUGUGGGUAGCCUUCUCUAGGUGUCCCUGGACAAGUGUGUUUGUAUAGUAAAAUGAGUCUAGGAUUAUAGCCACUCCCUAGAACUAUCAUAGACUGGUACAAGGCUGCUGCCAACUGUUAGGCAAAUGAGUCUUUCGCAACAACGAAACCAUGCCUGUCUAAUUCACAAAGCUGCUCGCACAUAACAGGAGCCAACAUAUGCAACAGAAUUAUGUUGAACUUAAUCGUAGCUUCAGUUUUCAUGAUAAGGCUUGUGUUAUUGAUGGUGCUUGUCCUCACACAGCUCUGAAGUCAUUAAUUUUGUCUAGAUAAAAAAAUUGACAUCUUCAGUAAACAUUUGGGUAUUUUUACUCCUCAGUUCCCCUUCGUAUUAGGAAGUAACCACUUAGAUCUUUGAAUGUUUAGUUGACACUUUUUAGGUAUUUAUGUAGUUUGCAUUUAACAUCACAUUUAAUGAGAUUUAUACAACUUGCUGGAGGCAAAACAGCAAUAGGGUCAACCUGAGAUCAGGUGUAAACCAGAUCCUCUUUGGACUAUUUCCCCAGACAGACAGACAGCUAUUCAGUAAAACACUCACAGGAUGAUAAUGUUCAGUACAGCUUAACCGUACCUGUACUUCACAUGUCUCCCUCUGGCUGCACAAACAUUAUACACACCCAUAAACAACUCUGGCUGCAAACUCCCUAUUCUGAUCUGAAAAGGGCAUUCUGUAUCUCACAGAAACCAGAGAUUUUGUAAGGUAUUUGGUAAUUCAGGGACUUUCAGUGAUGAUUCAGUGAUGAUUAUUUUCUAGCCUUCCAACAACCUGUAGUGGAGAUCAGCCAAGUGAGAUGGUAUGUGUUGUUAGGUGUUGAUUUCACUAUCAGGUGGAGGUAUGAGAUAGCAGUGACCCCUGUUUUGACCUAUGACCCCAGUGAUGACCCCUGUUAGUGAGACAAGUGCCUAUAAUGGGCUAUAAAUCACAUAGAGCUGCCCAGCCAACCCUAACAACCCUACCAGGACAGGACAGUUGUUUGUCUGAUAACUGAAGUGUACAGAGCCACCCUUUAUCAUUUUAUUUACAUCCAGAGAACAUCCAUUACAACUUGAGUGAGCACGCUAACAAAAAAGGGAAAACAGUGAUAGGGCUAGAGUUUUUCCUGUUCAGGUCAUGUGUUUUUUGGUUUAAGACAAACUUUAUUGAACAAUACAAGCAGAGUAAGACACGUUCAGUGCCAGGCCUGUUCUGAGCAGAGCGGUUUCUCCCAAGAGGUAUAAUGUACGUAUCUGUCUAACUGACUGAACAAAGCCUAUCAUUGUCUGUCAUGACCUCGUAUGCAGAGACAGUGAUUCAGCGUUUUCGCCCGCAAGGUUAUUGGAACUACCUGAUUUAGCUGUGAAGCGAAAAUAUCAAUGUUACCCUCAAAUGUUUGGUGUUAUUUGAACGUAAACUGACUCCACCUUACAAACUUCUUAUCAGUAUAAAGAAAGGUAGAAUAUGUUUAUCCCACUCUCCUUCUCUUUCCCCCUCUCUCCCUAACUGACUAAAGUCUUAUCCAGGGCAUUCUGAGCCAAGGAGAUCUGAUAUCAUCUUUAGAGGGCUGUGUUCUGAGACACAGAGUGCCUUCUAUCCAGACCAAAGCUGAGAGACCCAGGGAUAGGGAGUGACUGCUGCAGCCCAACCCCAGCCCAGAGGACACAAGGACAGAGAGAAACAACAGCCCAGCGCCAGUGGACAAGGCGAGACUACGGCAGCCCAGCACCAAGGACAGACCACAGCCCAAGAUCACAUCACCAAGGACAGAGAGAGACGACAGCCACAGAACAGGACCAGAGCACCCAGGGACAGGGAGAGACUAGUUCCAGAGAUGGCCUCGGCCGGCCUGGAGAUCCUGGGUAUGAUCCUUUGUGUGUCAGGCUGGCUAGGGGUCAUGGUGGCCUGUGGCCUGCCAAUGUGGAGAGUAGCUGCCUACAUUGGCCAGAACAUUGUCAUCUCUCAAGUGAUCUGGGAGGGUCUGUGGAUGAACUGUUCUGUCCAGAGCACGGGCCAGAUGCACUGCAAGGUCCACGACUCCAUGCUUGGACUCCCUGUGGACCUACAGGCGGCCCGAGCCCUGGUCAUUGUCUCUAUGGUGCUGUGCAUCAUGGGCAUCGGCCUGUCUGUAGCCGGGGCCAAGUGCACCAACUGCAGCUCAGACACGGGAAGCAAGCCCCGCAUGGUGCUGGGGGCCGGGGUGACCUUCAUCGUGGCGGGGCUGUUGCUGCUGACGGCCGUAUCGUGGACGGCUAACAGCAUCGUCUUGGACUUCUACGACCCGAUGCUGGAGGAGACGGGAAAGAGGGAGUUUGGGAACUCACUGUAUUUUGGAUGGGCUGCCUCCUGUCUGCUUCUCCUAGGGGGAGCUCUGCUCUGCUGCUCCUGCCCUCCGAAAGCACCCCAGGGUGGGAGCGGGACUGGGUCUGGACCCCACAGGGUGGUGAACUACUCUGCGGUCAAAUCCCCCAUGUCUGUCAAUGGAUAUAUGAGGAGGGACUAUGUGUGAGAGAGAGAGUGUUCAAUGGCUUUAGUAUAGAGACAGCCUCUUGAGACUGAUGGGACUGAUGGAAUAACUAAUGUUAGCGAGGCCCCUUUCCUGACUGCACGCUAUAUGGGUAGCACAGAAUAAAUGCAGCCAUGUGGGAUAUUUGAUUCAGAUAUAAAGUAUGAACGAUUGCCGAUUAAUGCUAGAUUGUGUGUUACAUAUAUGAUUUCUGUAGAGUUGGAGACAUGCAUUUAUAGACGAGUCAAGUAAAUGUAGAUGGUAGGAUUAGAGACAUUUCUUAUUAAUGUUUUACCUGUUCUAAAAUAGUUUUUGUACUAAAUUUCACAUGAAAGUUACUCAAUGAUGACGAUUUAGAUCAUGAAAAUGUUAAUGUUGUUAAAAAAAAUUAAAAUAACUUUUCCAUUUAACCCUAAGUAAGUUACGCCCACUACGAAUCUUCUAGUACAUGACUGAAAAUAAUGAUACAAAAAUGAAGAUAAGUUCACUAUUUCCCGUGGUAAUUACAGCAUUUUGCAUUAUCAGACAGCAGUAUGAUAUCAUCAUGUGAGUACAUCAUGUACUGUGCUAACUAAUGUUUGUAUACAAUAGCAUACAUCAUACUGAUAAGCAACUCCUUUUUCUUUGUUAAAUUGGCAUACAGCAGGGACAUUCCCGUCUGAAAGUAAGGUCUUAUCGUAGAUGAUAUCACCACAGGAAUGUUAUGUGUGUGAGGAGGGGUAACCUUGCCUAUGCUUGAGGAUGAAACUGGCUUACUAAGGUCAGGCUACCAACGGAACACAGACAGGACAUCCCAUCGAAGACACAGGAUCUAAAGAAAUAGACCAAAAUAUAGGGCAGGAAUGCCUGCAGGUCCAUAUCACCUGAAAUCUAGACAACUCAGCCCCUCUACCGCGCACAAAUACGGUUUUUGAUUUCAAUACAAAUGUGAGCAACAACAAUGUCUUUUUUUAUUCUGAAGGUUGCCUUCUGCUACCUUUCAUUGUGCCCCCUGUUCCAUUUGGGAGAGUGAAACUGAGCCCGAAAAAAUGCAGCCAUUUUGAUAGGGAGGGGAAGUAGGUAACCCACACUAUAAUCAUAAGGUGAACUUGCUUCUUUCACAAUGCUCCCAUUGAUGAAAAAUCAGACAAUGGCUUUAUUUACAUUCUAGUCUAAGAAUAAGAUAAGGAGAAAAUACUUUUAAGACAGUCUUAUAGCAUAGACUUAAAGUACUGCCUAGGGAAGUUUGAGCAUCGUACAAACAAGCAUAGCCUCCAAUAGCCUUAUUGUGUUACUCAAUCUGUUCACCUGGGGAGUAUGAGUACCCAUCUAUAACCGUGCAGAGUCCAGUGUCUGUGUGUGGAACUUCCUGUGCUGCAGACAGUUGAGACAGUUCAAAUGAGGGUGAAACCCUUUGGUGCAGAGUGACCUUGUGGACAAGGACACUGUCUGAUAACACUGACCCACUCAUCACAUCAAUUCCCCAUCCACAAUGACCACUAUCCAACUCACUCACUGGGGAUGUUUGUCCACUGGACUGAUCAGACAAACCAUCUAUCUCUAUUCCUAAAUUUGACAGCCAAAUAGAAACCUGUCUAAGUCUGAUCUCUAAAUCUGUCUGCCAAACAAAGACAAAAGAUAACGGAUUUUCACUUUUUGUCAUAAAUCUUCAAUGGCAGUCAGAAACAAGAUAGAAUUUAUUAUGAAAUUCAGGCUUGUCUGUUUCCUGAAUCAUGGCAGUGGGAAACAAUGAGCAAAUGCAGCUUUGCAUUCAUUCAUUGUGCAACAUCAUCUCCAAAAUAAUGUUAUCUGGUACCAGAGAGAGCAAUCACUGGCUCCUGACCCAGGUCAUGUCAUUUUGAAAGAAACUGAUCCAAGAAAGAGCCCUACUGCUGGGGUUGGAAACCAGAUGAAACGAUAUUCAGCAGCCUUUUCUAUAGGUCGAUGGAAGUUCGUUGAAAAUAUAUAUUUAUUAUUAAAAACAACACAACUCAGCCUUCAUCAGGGUAUAUGGGUUGGAAACUAGCCAAUAGUGCUUGUAUACAGUAGGAUACCACAGAUGUUCCUAGGCAGCUCUCUCUCAGGGUUAGCAGUAAGACACAGAGGUAAACACUCCAUAGAGAGCUAAAUAUUUAUCUUGACCUGAACAUAAUUGUACAAUGGUAGGCAUCUGUUGAACGAACACGAGUUUAUGUUAUUCCCAAUUCCUCCACUUGUAAUUAUUACCUCGUCCAUUCUUAACCUGUUCGUUAUCCUUUAACUAUUUUGCUUUGGCCAUUUUUUGACCUUCCCCCUCAGCCCAAACAGUGGGGGAUCAACCAUGUUCCAACCGUUCAAUCAUUAAUCUGUGCAGCCAAGCCGUUCACCUGCCAAAGAUUUUACUGGGGGUCGUUGAGAAGAAAGAAAAGAAAAAACAUUUGAAAACCACCUUAGCCAAUCCCCAUGAGACUCUACCUUCUGUUGGUGGAGUGCUAUAAAGAUAGCUCUGAGUAUACAGGUGGUGAGAAUUCCAGAGCAGAACCCAGACAGUGAAACCCUUAUGUGCGUGAGGUUGAGACAGUGAAGAGAGUGCUUACAGAGGAAGGUAAAACAACAAAAUGGCUGUAUUGGGACUAGAGAUCCUGGGGAUGAUCCUGGCUGUCCUGGGUUGGAUAUUGAGCAUCGUGUCCUGCGCCAUGCCCAUGUGGAGGGUGUCCGCUUUCAUCGGGGUCAACAUCAUCACGGCUCAGACCAUCUGGGAGGGCAUCUGGAUGAGCUGUGUGGUCCAAAGCACGGGCCAGAUGCAGUGUAAGGUAUAUGACUCCAUGCUGGCCCUCAGCUCUGACCUGCAGGCAGCCCGAGCCCUCACAGUCAUCUCUAUAGUUGUGGGCAUCAUGGGGGUGUUGGUGGCCGUGGUGGGGGCUAAGUGUACCAACUGUGUGGAGGACGAGACGGCCAAGGCCCAGGUGAUGAUCGCAGCGGGGGUGGCCUUCAUCGUAGCAUCCCUGACCCAGCUGAUCCCUGUGUCCUGGUCAGCCAACAGCAUCAUCAUGGAGUUCUAUAGUCCCAUCACUCCCGAGGCUCAGAAGAGGGAGAUUGGAGGGGCUCUCUACCUGGGCUGGGCUGCAGCGGCUUUUCUCCUCAUUGGGGGGUGCAUCCUGUGCUGUAGUUGCCCCCCACAGCCUGAGAAGAGGUAUGCAGGGCCGCCCUCGCGGAUGGUGUACUCCCUGACCAGGUCUGUGGCCCCCAGCGGCUAUGACAAAAGAGACUAUGUUUGAACUGACCUGGGUAUCUGGCAGCAGCUGCUUUCUGCUUUCUGCUCAGUGGAUGAAGGACAUUUGAUACCAACCUUGAAUUUCAGAAUAGAUCAAAUGGUGGUGAUUUCUACCAAAACUAUUUUGUUAUAUGUUUUGACAUUAAGAAAAUACUGCUUUUUACUGGAUCAUUUUUGAUGGUGCUCUGUUGAAGGGGAACAACACCAAACUGGACUUGAUGUACUUUUAUUUCAUACUGUAUGCCUAUUUAAAACAUACAAAGGUGUUGUAAAUAUUGUAUUGUAAUCUUAAUAUUUGAAAGGAGUUUAAUUGAAACCAUCUGCAUUGUUACAUUUUAUAUUCUAUAGACUGAAUGAAUAAAAGCUUAUGUUGUGCAUAUGUUGGAUAACAAUGUGCCAAACUCUGACAGUUUAACAGCUUUUGUUAAGUGUGAAAAUACAAACUAUUUUGAUGUUUGAUGUGUGUCAAUUUCACAAUAAAAACUGUUUCAUAAUACUUUCACUUCAUAUUUUUAUACGAUGACAGAAAAAUAAAACUGGUUGCUAUAUGUUACUUUAUACAGUACAUUUCAUUAACAUUAUUUAGUGCUUUGCUACAUGGGAAGUGCCACUAAGUCCUGUGCUACUAGCUAUACAGUUUAUAAGAAAAGUAUGUUUGAAUCUGCUGCCAAACAAAGAGGUAGGCUAACUCUCAACUUAUAUCAGAGAACUGCCUCUGUGUCAUUCAUUCUGCCCAGAUCAGGAAAUAACAGGCUUUUUCCUUCACUGAUCCUUGGGUAUCCAUGGUAAUGAUGUGUUGAGUUGGAUUCUCUUUCAUAGCUGCUAGCUAACUGGCUGACUCCCAUAUCUGUUGGGCUUGGAUAACAAGAAGCCUUGCUUUGUCAGCCCUCCACUUUCAGCCAUUCCAAAAUGGCCCCCAAAACAAUGGGUCCGUUUCAUAGCAAGAUGGCGAUCGGAGUGAGUUAUCAACACUGGGUCAUGAAAUGUUGGGGGAAAGUCUAUUAUCCCAGUUUCUGGGGCAUAACUAGGGGAGACCCUCCCGGUUGUAAGGAAUUCAAGGGCACUGGAGUCAGUGACAGACAGACAUGACCGUUAGACCACAUCAAAUAGAAUGAACAAGACAGCUUGUUGCCGAGGAACUGAGGUCAGGCAUUCUUCUUUUACAAGUUGCUUCAGCUAAUGCUGAGAGAGUGAUUGCUCUGAGGAGACAAGAUUAGGGCUAAUCUAUUAAUGAGUAAAGGGCAAUUACACCACUUUUCAACCUCAUUUUCAUUGUCCAGCACAAAUGUAAAAACUGCACAUUUCUUAGGUAAAAAAAAAAUCUAAAUAUAAAGUUUAAAAGUUCUACCCGAUAACAAAAGUUAAAAGAUUUUACAAACAGGGAUUUUCAAACACUAUGAGAUUUGCGGUGACGUGGAGAGCAAGAUAAUACCCUCCCUCUGACUAGUAACUCCUUGCAGGUUUUGAAAAUCACUAUUUAAAAAAAAUGUUUAAUCCUACCCUGUGAUGUCACAGAGAAGCAUUUAUUUUGACCUUCCAGGGCUCCUCCCUUCAGCUGAUCUGGGAUAUAAAGGAUACUUGUCUUCCCGGCAGCACCAGAACAUCACACAUCACACACUCACAGGUGCUAGGGGCUAAAUUAAGUACAUUUGUGUUGGUGUCUCUGGCUGGUCUCUUUCUUUCUCACAGAUCCUCUGUCAGAUCCUCUCAGGUAUCUCAGGUGUGACGGAACACGGAGCACUGAACGGAACACAGAAGGAGCUCCAGCAACAUCAGAAUUACCACCAUGUCUGCAGGGUUGGAGUUAGUGGGGAUUGCUCUAUGUGUCUUGGGAUGGAUCAUUGCCAUCGUGUCCUGCACCCUGCCCAUGUGGCGAGUAACGGCCUUCAUCGGCAGCAACAUCGUCACAGCUCAGAUCAUCUGGGAGGGCCUGUGGAUGACCUGUGUGGUCCAGAGCACAGGCCAGAUGCAGUGUAAGGUCUACGACUCCAUGCUGGCCCUCUCCCAGGACCUCCAGGCCGCCAGGGCCCUCACGGUCAUCUCCAUCCUCCUGGCCAUCCUGGCUGUGCUCAUCGCCAUCGCCGGGGCCAAGUGCACCAACUGCAUCGAGGACGAGGCGUCCAAAGCUAAAGUCAUGAUCAUCUCUGGGGUGUUCUUCAUCGUGUCGGGAGUCAUGCAGCUGAUACCAGUGUCCUGGUCAGCCAACACUAUCAUCAGGGACUUCUACAACCCGCUGCUGACUGAUGCUCAGCGCAGGGAGUUAGGGGCAGCGCUCUACAUUGGCUGGGGGGCUUCAGCCCUCAUGAUCCUCGGGGGAAGCCUUCUCUGCUGCUCCUGUCCCCCUCGGGAGAAGAGGUACAACCCCUCACGGAUGGCAUACUCUGCCUCACGCUCUGCCCCAGGUGGGCCCGGGUUUGAGAGAAAAGACUAUGUGUGA